AUGUCUGAGGAGGUGGAGGGGUCACAAGGUCACGUCAUGUUUCAGCGUUUUGCAGAGUACAUCAGCAGUACAUCAGAGUACAUCAGCAGUACACUAAGAGGAAAGGUUGACUCAGUGACCGCAUCAUCGCCGCAGCUCCGCUCGCAGAUUCAGGAGUCUUUGGGUCUCAGCAGUGCCGUGUCCACGCCGGAGACCGAGAGACGGUUCCCUGUGCAGAAGUCCAGCUCUGAUGACGGGUCAGGGGGGAAAUGGGACGGAAAGAGGAAAAACAAGUCGUUUUGGCAGAGCUUCCGGAAGUCUCAGAAAGGCGUCAUGCGGCAGACGGCGAAAGGCGAAGAUGUGGGCUUCGUGGCCAGUGAGAUCACCAUGAGCGAUGAAGAGCGGAUCCAGCUGAUGAUGAUGGUGAAGGAGAACAUGAUCUCUGUGGAGGAGGCUCUGGCGCGGCUCAAAGAGUUUGAAAUCCAAAAUCGGCAGAGCCUCGGCUCCGACCCGGCAGAGCGGACCGACCCCACCGAGGACUCAUCCAACGCCAACCAGAUGUGUGACGUGUCAGACAAUGAACAGGAGGAGUCGGUGACGUUCAAGCGACUCCACAAACUGGUCAACUCAACCCGCAAGGUGAAGAAGAAGCUGAUCAAAAUCGAUGAGGCGAAGAGGCCCGAGUCCGAGGAGUCUCUCAACAUGGAGGGGAGUCUGGCUGGAGACGCCAGGCCCUCCCUGUACUCCGGCGUCCAGAGGAAGUCAGCAUGCCCGGCCGAGUGUCUGGCCUCGACUCUGCAGGAGCAGCUUAUGUUUGAACAGGACUCCGAUAGCCUGACCACCUCGCCUUCCUCCAGCAGUCUGGACACCUGUAGCAGCCACAGGAUCUUAAGGGCCUUCAGCAGGUCGACCAGUGGCGGUGAUGGUGGUGGCGGCGGUAGUGGCGACAGCCCCAGCUGGCAGGAGAAAGGCUCAGGAGGAGAGGCCAGGGAGGCGGGCGAAGGCAGCGGUUCAUCCCUGUCUGAGAUGGAGGGCUGCCACAAGGAGGAGGAACAGAAAAUAUCUCGCUCGGUGACCGACGGAGAGCUCCGCCGCCGGGCCCUCAGCCCGCUCAGUCACCACGGGAGAACCUGCAGUUUUGGAGGAUUUGACCUGACCAGCCGGUCUCAGCACGCCAUCGGCUGUAACUGCCACGCCGCUAAUAAAGAUGGAGAAGUUGGUGCGAGAGACGCCGUUAAGUCUCCGCUGACAUCUCGCAUGACUCUGGGCAAGAAGGUGAAAUCAGUGAGAGAGACCAUGAGGAAACACAUUUCCAAGAGAUACCACAGCUCCCUCUCUGAACAGUCAAGUGCAGACCGCGUGUCCAGCUGUCCCAACACACCUCACACAGAUUCAGACUCUCUGGAGAAACCACAGCUUAAACCAGGAGGCUCCGUGGAAAGCCUGCGAAGUUCUCUCAGUGGACAGAGCUCCAUGAGUGGACAGACGGUUGGAACAACUGACUCCUCCAACAGCAACAGGGAGAGCGUCAAGUCGGAGGAUGGCGAGGAGGAGGAGCUUCCUUACCGAGGGCCUUUCUGUGGACGAGCGCUGGUGCACACCGACUUCACGCCCAGUCCCUACGACACAGACUCCCUCAAACUGAAGAGCGGCGACGUCAUUGAUAUUAUUAGCAAGCCCCCCAUGGGUACAUGGAUGGGCCUGCUCAAUGGCAAAGUCGGCACCUUCAAGUUCAUCUACGUGGAGGUCCUGAGCGAUGAAGAGGCAAAGCCAAAGAAGACGCGCAGGAGGAAGAAGAUCCGCCAGCCUCGGCCCACCUCUGUGGAGGAGCUGCUCGACCGCAUCAAUCUGAAAGAGCACCUGCCGACCUUCCUGUUUAACGGCUACGAGGAUCUGGACACGUUUAAGCUCCUGGAGGAGGAAGACCUGGAUGAACUGAACAUCCAGGACCCACAGCAUCGUGCGGUGCUGCUGACCGCCGUGGAGCUGCUGCAGGAGUACGACGGUAGCAGCGACCCAGAACGAAGUGGCCAAUCAGGAGGCUCCCAGGAGAAGCUGUUGAUGGAGAGGCGCGGCCCGCAGGGAGACUCGCCGCGGGACUCAGGCUGCUACGAGAGCAACGAGAACCUGGAGAACGGUAAUGAGACCGCUUGAGACCUUCGUCUCCCCCCCCCCCCCAACGCCUCCUCCUCCUCCUUCACUAGGAAGACUCCCGAGGUCUUCACCUCUUCCUCGUGCUAGAGAGCAUUCCAAGCUGCGAAACUAUUUUCAUGCUCCUCUGGACAGACUCGUUUACCUUUCGAUUCAUCUCUUCCACGCAUCUAUUCCUUUCAGUCAAUACUUCAGUCAUACUGUUGCAGCAAAGUAAACACUGAGGACCACAUUUACCAUCAACACUCUCCCAUCUGUUUCAAGGCAUCGGGGAAGUCAGACAUAACUUUGCUUUUCUUUUCUCUUUUUUUUUUGUGACUUACCUUCUUGUUUUUGAAUUGGUGGAGAAAUGCGUCUCAACAUCACCUUUAAACAAGAGCGCUAACCUCAGCAGACCUUUCUCAGAAACCUGUACUGUGUUUUUUAUGUAGAUCUGCUCGUAGGUCGACUCGCAAAAUAGAUCUGCCUUCGUGAAGCGCGUGGUGGUUUUACUGAAAGUGGUUACUGUUGAACCAAAGCGUGAACAAACAAAAAAAAAAGUUAUGGGUUUAAAAAAAAUUUAAAAAAAAAACUCUUACCUAGUAUUUGUGGGACAUUAUUUACUGUGAACGCUUGAAUAUUCUUAACUAUAUCAUUUUUAUCGUGGUCAUUUGCAUUGGUUUCGGUCUUAAAAUGUCAAAUAUAAACUAGCUGUGGUUGCUGUAUGUUUGAGGUUCUGUGUGAAUGUCUUAACGGCCGCGUUGUGAGGACGUGUCAAGAGUCGCCUAUUUUACACAAUCGUAUGAUUCUAUUAAGAUUCUGCUGUUUUUGUGUGUAUAUUUUUCUAUUACAGUAUCAUAUAAUUUUGCACAAUAUUUUAUGACGUGCCUGAAAACUGCAUUAUGCUGCCCAAUAAAAAAAAAAGAAAAAAAAUACUUAAUGGUAUAAUUAUACUUGUGUAAAUGUGGCAUUUUUUAUAAAUGUAAAUGAACCGAAAGAGGAAAACCUGGAAAAGACAGUUCUGACUGGGUCAAUUAAAUUAUACUGUAUGUUAAAAUGAGAGGGGUCAAAGUUGAACUAACUCCUAACACUUCCACUAGAGGUGAUGCAGGUGGAGAUUCUGCAGUCCAGAUAUUUCUUAAGUGUGCUUCUGUCAUCGUUGGGCCUGAAGAAUAAACUGCUC